AUGGUGCCGCUGCGCUCGGGGCCCGGCGCAGGAACGGCGGCCGCCGCGGAGGACCGCCAAUCGCGGCCCGAGUCGGGGAGGCGGGGCCACGUCGGGCACGUCGACGCUCAAACAAACUUUAUUGUCAGCUUCCCGGUCGUACAGGAACAGACGGCGCCCGGGAAGCGAGGCCGUGUGUGUCUGCCUGCGGGCCCGGCGUGGGGGGCCGUCCCACCCGCGGGUCCGGGCACACGCCCGCGCUCACCGUCGCCUCCUCGUCAGCAGCAGCCCUCUCUGCGGACACGGCCCAGCCUCACCGCGUCCCGGAGCGCCCACCCCUCCGCCCGCGGGCGGCGUCCCUGCUCCCCCCGCGUCUCCGCGGACUCGGCGACCGGCUCUCCCGGGGCGGGUUCUCCCCGUCCGUACCCCGCGCACACGCACGCACCCACACUCACGUGUGCACACAGACACUCACGUUUACACACGCGCACGCGCACAGCAGCGGUCCCGCCGCUCGGGCUCGGGAGCCCGUCCCUGACGUUUGAACUCUCAGUCUCCAGUGGCUCCCUUGGCCUUCUGGAAGAAUCCGAGCUCCUGCUGUUUGAGGCCCUUCCUGACCCCGGGGACGGCGGUGGGCGGCAGACCGCCCGUCCCGCGGAGUGGGAGAGGCUGGCGCGGAGGACGGACGACAGACACACAGACGAGGGUGGCUGUGGCCGGGGACGGGGCCUCGUCCGAGGCGAGAGCACGGAAAGGCCGGGGCUGGAGGAGGGGGACGGGGAAGCCCCCUCGCCGCGCUGCGGGGCUGCUGAGGGUCCGGGGGUCAGCCGCCCUGCACCUGAGGCUGCGCGUCACUCCGUUACCGGGGUUGCACACGUGAGUGAGGGGUCUCCAGGAGGUUUCCGUAGAAUAGCAAAAGCGCGCGUGAAGGAACACUUCCAGUCGAGUCGGAAAGCGCAGAGUCGUGAGAAGUCCGGUGUGCGGGUCAGGACGGCCUCGGGGAGGCGCUCCGAGACCCUCGGUGUCUCCAGUGAGAGGCUUACGAGAAGCGAGGAGACCGCUCCAGGAGCGGCUGGCAUCGGACAAAAUCUGGGCAAGGCCGCAGCCGUGGUCGCAGAGCGGGGCGUCUGCUGGUUGUCUAAGUAAUGGAGUACCAGCCAGAACGUAAGGAGAAAAAUGACCCAGUCGAGGAAGCGAAGUAAUGAGGGAAUGCUUACAUGCAAUUGCAGAUAAUGCAUUUCUUUCAAAAGUGGGGAAAGGCAGGUCUUAAAAUUUGCUUUCUGGAAUUGACCCUUUAGUCCAGAAACUAAGUUGUUUGCUCCUCAUAUCGGCUCUCUGUUUCAGGGCCCUAAGUUGUCAUCGGCUUGAAACUGUCUUUGGUCACCAGCCCUGGCCACCCCAGGUGGGAAGGUUGGAUAGGGGCCCACCAGACUUGAGCAGGGGAUAAAGCUAAUUUUGGAAAAGAAGUAUAUAGCAGGUUAUAAGCAUUCAACCUCUUUUUAUUUGAAAACCUUUUUGUCUUUUAUUUCUGCAUUUGAAGGAGUCUUUUGGCCUAUCUUGAAUGAAGUGUCCAACAGGAGGUGAAUCUCUGUGCACUUCAAGAACAGAAAACCAACUUUUAUUAUCAGAUGACCUGAACUCCAGUUGAAUAGUUGAUCAGAAGUUUGCUAGGUCAUUGCUCCAUCUGUUUAAUAAUUCAGCCUGGUUGUUAAGUGUUCUCUGCGUGCCAGGCCGUUUUCUAGGCGCUCUAGAUGCAUCUGUGAACUUAGACACAAAAACCAAGCCCUCGGAGAGCUUGCCAUCUGGCAGGGGAAGACAGUCUAGUUAUAAAUAAGUUAUUUAGAAGGUAUCAAUCCUAUGGGAAAAUGAUAAGACAGUCAGGUGACUAAGGAGUGGAGGUGGGGGCAGUGGGAAAUGGCGCAGGAUGGUCAGGUUGGGCCUCACUGAGAAGGGGAAACGUGGAGCCUUGAAGGAGGUCGGGAGUUAGCCACGUGAGUAAAUGGGGAAGACAGUUGUAAGUAGAGCACUCAGUGCAAACGAGAGAGAAGAACGGUUUAUAUAUUUGUAAAUAGUUGAGAAACCAAAAGAACGACGGGGGACACGUUCUGAGAACCGUGUCAUGAGGUGAUUUCAUUGUUGUGCAAACAUCACAGCGUGUGCUUACACAAACCUAGAUGGUACAGCCUGCUCCACACCUAGGCUAUACAGUACUAGUCUUAUGGGACCACCAUUGUAUAUGUGGUCCAUCAUUGACAGAAACGUCAUGAUGUGGCACAUAACAGUAUUUCAUGACAUGUGGAAAUCAUAUGAAAUUCACAUUUCUGUGUCCAUAAAUAAAAUGGUAUUGGAACACAGCCACACCCAUUUGCUUACUGGCUGCUUUGGUGCAAGUUUGAGGACAGAUUUGAAUAGUUGCCACAGAGACCAUAUGGCCCACAAAGCCUAAAAUAUUUGUACAAAUUUAUAUGGUUUCAGAAAUGCAGAGAUGGCAAUUUCAACAUUAGUACCAGGCCAACUUGUGUUCAACUAAGACAAGUUAGAGAUAUAGGUUGCUCUUUGAAGGUUGUUUUCACAACUUGCAACAUGUUUUAAAGUCUUAGCAGUUUUACCAGGCCCCUCUGUUCAAAUUAUUCUUCCAAAAGACAGUGAACAGAACAAAUUGGUAACACCUAGGAAUAUCUACAAAAGUCCCUGUUGCAGAGGAAAACAAGUUUGAUAUACUAAUGAAUGUUAUCAAGUUAACGCCCUGUUAAAUCAGACCUUUUCUAACAAGUUGUGAAUGCAGAGAGGUCUUUCUUCUUCAGAGGCUCCUGGGAGAGAACAUCUCCUUCAUCUCUUUCUGAGACUCUUUGUUCAUUAUGAAGAUUUGCUUUUCUUUUAUUGUUUUUUCAAGUUAGGCUCUGGAAUUUCAUGACUUGGCAUGAAAAGGCAGCAGAGCUCAAUUUUAAUGGUAGAAAUUAAAUAGGAAGGAGUAGGAACGUUCUCAGUCACACAAGGAGCAUGAAGCAUUCGCCUUCCUCCUUGACCCUGCAGGGGGAAGCAGACAGUGAAAAUGACACAGAGACAAUGGAACCACGAGAUGGAGAAAGGCGGUUCCUGGGAGUGUCUCUCCAGGGCUGGAUCCAGCUCUUCAGAUAUGUCAUGAGCCUAUACGUUGUUGUUGGUGCUGAGCCAGGGAGGGUUGGGGUUUCGUCACUUAGCGCUGAAACAGCCCUAACACGAGGACGGAUUCCAGAGAGAGUUCAAAGAAAUGAUCCACAGAGGUGGUGGAAGGCAGCAUGGAUGAAAAGGAGAUGGAAGGCUUCAGGGUGGCCUCGGGGAAGGCACACGUCAGAGGUCUGAGGAAGAGUGGGUGCAGGCACAGAAACAGGUGCAUGGGUAGACAUGAACCCCCUGGGAAGAUAAAGGGUCAAGUUCGGGACCUGCUGAGUUUGAGGUGAUGGUAGAUGUAGCCCAUGAAGGAAACCAGAAUAUGUCACUCCAAAAUAUGCCUCUUUGACAUAAAAAUUAUUUUGAGCUGAAGGCAAUUAAGCAGUGGCAACGCAGGAAAAGCCCCCCCUUUUUUGCCUAAAGUCAGGAUGUAAAGUCUCCUUUCACUGGAGACAGACUCUUAUCAGCCCAGAGACAACAGAGGAGUCUGCACACAAUCCUUACUCCCCUGCCUUCCUCCCAUGUAUCUACCUGCCUACAGGUUGCUGCCCUCGGAAGACUAAAGCCGCUCUGUCCUGUCAUUUCUCUGCAAUGUAUUGUUCUUUGUGGAAGAUGCUCUAUGGGCUGGGUUCUAAGCCUCCAUUUUGAGUUACUUUUGGUUCAGCUUUCUCUGUGUGAUGUGCACUGAUUGCGUUAAUAGACUUUUUCUCUUGUUAAUCUCUCUGUUACAGGGUCUCAGCCAAGAACUCAGAAAGGUGGAGGGCAGAUUAUGUCCCCUCUCCUACAGCCACAGACACUCCUGAGAUUCAGGGAUGAGCUGGAGCCACUGGUCCAGACUGAAGAUGUCAGUUGAGGAGUCGUCAGCAUAGAGCUGUAGUUGAGCCAUCAGGAUGAGCUCUCUGGAAGCCCUGGGAAGAAGAGAGGGCUGAGGACUGCAUUAAAAGCCACCUCUGAAUGCUUGAAAGUGGGGAAUGAAGAAGGCAGACAUCAUACCCUCACAGGUUAACCAGCAUACCUUCAAGGUUAGUUUGCUUUCCGGACCUCCUGUGGACACUCCCCCUUCCCUCUCGGUUGUGACCAGAAACCAGGCAAGGAAAGGGUUAAUGAAAAUCUGAUCCAUAACUAAACACUGUCAAAUGUUUUCCAGACAAGGAGAAAACUAAGUGCGCUGCUUUUCAGAAGCUGAUGUCCUGGUUUCUGCAGAUGUCACCAUCCUACAGUGAAACUGAGAUGGAUCCCUGCAAGCUGCUCCAGCUCUGAGUGUCCAGGAGUUACCUUGGACCUGUCGUCCCUGUAGGCGACUAGAGUCAUCCCUGCGGACCGUCCACCUCACACCUCCCGUUCAUCGCUGGCAUUGCCAGACGGGCUGGAGAGCCGCAUGGAUGAAUACAUCCCCAGGCUGAGAGCACGCCUUGGAAAGAGAGGAGAAGCGGCUGCCCUCAGUCAGGACACAUUCCCAGCUCCGCGUUGUGACCCUUAGUUCAGACAGACGUUCCUGUUGUCCAGUGAGGUGCUGGCCCCGACCUGUCCUGGGCUCAAGGGAAGCACAGUAGUUUCACUGUACACGUUUUCUUUUACAAAGCACCCUGGAAAAUGUUGUACUUGUGCUACUACAUUGGGGUCUCCUAAUAAAGAGGAAAAUUUUUGCUUUUUGCACUCA